AAUAUGCCAAAGAUCAAGACUAACCGAAUCAAGUACCCAGAAGGAUGGGAGUUGAUCGAGCCUACUCUUCGAGAGCUUGAUGCUAAGAUGAGAGACGCUGAGAUGGAUACACAUGAUGGCAAGAGAAAGUGUGAAACUUUAUGGCCAAUCUUCAAAGUUUCUCAUCAGAGGAGUCGCUAUGUAUAUGACCUUUAUUACCGAAGGGAGGAAAUUUCUAAAGAGCUCUAUGAGUUUUGCUUGGAUCAAGGCUAUGCUGAUCGUAGCUUGAUUGCAAAGUGGAAAAAGUCAGGAUACGAACGUUUAUGCUGCCUGCGGUGUAUACAACCAAGAGACCACAACUAUGGAACAACAUGUGUCUGUCGUGUUCCGAAGAACUUGCGUGAAGAGAAAGUGGUUGAAUGCGUUCACUGCGGUUGUCAAGGAUGUGCCAGUGGCGAUUGAGUUCUACGGCCUGUUUGUUUGUUACAAUUCUAUGUAUGACUUGUUAAAUCUGGAUUCUGUGUACCCUAUAAAAGGCUAAAAACCCUGACUAAAUAAACCAACUUGCAUAGCCUUUACCAUAGCCUUUUUACACA